AAGCCGCGCCUCAGGCCCGCAGACCGCCUUUCCGCCGCAGCCCACGGAUCGCCGCUUCUCCUCCUCCCCGCCGCGGAUCCCAUGGCGCCGCCGGUCGCCGGCGUCGUGCGUCUCGCCGCGGCCUCCCGCGUGUUAGUCCUCUCCCUCUACCUGCUCGCCCGCCUCCUCUUCCGCCCCUACGACACCUCCGCCACUCUCAACCCACCCUGCCUCUCCUCUCCCCCCUUGUUCCCGGAUCCCAACACGCCCGUCUCCACCGCUAUCUCGUCGCUGGCCGUGUGGGACGGCGUCCACUUCGCCCGACCCGCGGAGUGCGGCUACGAGUACGAGCAGUCCUUCGCCUUCCUUCCGCUCCUCCCCGCCUCCCUCGCGCUCCUCGCACGAUCGCUGUUCGCGCCGCUAGUGCCGAUACUAGGGUACAGGGCCGUGCUCGUGCUCUCCGGCUAUGUCCUCAACAACGUCGCAUUCGUUGCUGCCGCGGCCUACUUCUACAGAUUGUCUUUGCUGAUUUUGAAGGACCAGAAAGCAGCUUACCGAGCAUCUGUUCUGUUUUGUUUCAACCCUGCUUCUGUGUUCUACUCAUCACUGUAUUCAGAAAGUCUUUAUGCACUUUUUUCUCUUGGAGGCAUGUUCUACCUGUUUUCGGGUGCUAAUACUGUUGCAGUGAUAAUGCUCGCUCUGUCUGGUUCAGCUAGGUCAAAUGGAGCACUUAAUGCUGGUUAUUUCUGUUUUCAGGCCUUGCUACAAGCAUAUGAUGCCGCUGUCCAAAAGAAAAGGCCCUUGUUGGCGAUGCAGGCCCUUGUGAUUGGAGCUUUGCGCUCCAUUUUCAUAUUUGUACCUUUCUUUGCUUUCCAAGCAUAUGGAUAUUUGAACAUAUGUGUACAUGGGAGCUCAGAGGAAUUGAGGCCGUGGUGCAAAGCAAAAGUUCCCUUGUUGUAUGGAUUCAUUCAGAGCCACUACUGGGGAGUUGGUUUCUUGAGGUACUUCCAAGUGAAACAGCUGCCAAACUUUCUUUUGGCUUCACCAGUACUUUCUCUUGCGGUUUAUUCUAUUGUCCAUUACACAAAAUUGCUUCACCGACUUUUCCAAACAAGUAGCAUCCACAAGCAGAUUAUCACUGCUCUCGAGGAAAGGUCCGUUGUGUCAUAUAGAAGAUCCGAUGAUGUGACAAUUUUGAGUGAACUUUCUGCUGGACUCACUAAGAAAGCACAAGGAAACUCUACGGUUAAACAGAGAAAAUCGGUUGCUGCCGAAACAGCUUCUGCAACGUUCCAUGAUACAAUGUCAGCUAAACAAAAUAUGGAAGAGAAUCAAGAUGCAUGCUCCAUAUUACUACUUCCAUUUGUUCUGCAUCUAGUCUUCAUGACAUUCACAGCCUUCUUUGUGAUGCAUGUCCAGGUGUCCACACGGUUUCUAUCCGCUAGUCCGCCCAUUUACUGGGCUGCUGCACAUAUUUUGGCUUCUCCGAGCCGAUCCUCCAAAAGAUGGGGCUACUUGAUCUGUGUCUAUUUCAUCGCAUACAUACUUCUAGGUAGUCUGCUCUUCUCCAAUUUCUACCCGUUCACGUAAGAACGGUGGGGGAACCCCAGAUGCGUCAUCCAAUAGUGCGGUUGUCUGGAUUGCUCAUCUGUUUAUCAGGAGGAUUAUCUCAACUAGUUGGACCUGAAGGUUUCCCUAGGACUAGGUAGGUGCUUCCCUGGUUCAGCAAUAUUGUGCGUUGACUACUUGAUUCGCUGAUGUAUUCUUACAUAUCUGGAGUACGUAUAUUUUUCUUGCUUCGGGUUAUGAUGGGGCCACUAGCUUUAA